AUGUCGGCCCACUGGGCCGAUUUCUUUCUUCCUCCGUAAAAGCCCCCGGAAGAAUCCCAAUGUUUCUUGCCCGUUUGCCCUCCAUCCGUUUGAUCGGUGAGGGUAACUGCGGAUAUCCCAAUCGCCUUCUCCUCCUCCGCGCAGCCCUAACGCCGGUUCUCCCGUGGAUCGACUCUGGCUUGGGUUCCUUCCUGGUCGGAGCCGGAAUUUAGUGUUUGUUUCGGAACGAUCGCUUGCUUCGUCUCGAAUCGCCUUCACCUCUCGAGUGGAAAGAGGGAAAACCUGAUCUCGGAGAUUGCUUGAUAUCUAGAUAGGGAGGAGUUAUUUGAAUGGAGGGCGAUGACGCAGCUGCUUCGCAUCCGCUGUCGAAAUGGAGAAGCGAUUUCUCCAGAGCCUUCCGUUACUACCUGGAUAGAUCGACGCCUCACACGACCGGAAGAUGGCUCGGGACCGCUGUGGUCGCGGUGAUCUACGUCCUGCGUGUUUAUUUUGUCCAUGGUUUUUAUAUCGUCAGCUACGGCUUAGGGAUCUAUCUUCUGAAUAUCUUGAUUGGAUUCUUGUCGCCACUCGUGGAUCCAGAGCUCGAAGUUUCUGAUGGGCCUGCCCUGCCUACCAGGGGCUCCGACGAAUUCAAACCCUUUGUUCGCCGUCUCCCCGAAUUCAAGUUCUGGUAUUCCAUAACGAAAGCUUUCUGUGUUGCAUUUGUGAUGACUUUCUUUUCCAUGUUUGAUGUUCCUGUCUUUUGGCCAAUACUACUGUGCUACUGGAUUGUUCUUUUCUUCCUGACAAUGAAGCGCCAAAUUGUACACAUGAUCAAGUAUAAGUAUGUGCCUUUCAAUAUAGGGAAGAAGAGAUAUGGAGCUAAAAAGAGUCCUGGAAGUAGCAGCAACAUAUCAAAGGAUUGAUCACUGGUGUGGGUUAAGGAGGGCAUUCAGAUAUUGCCAUUAUCGAUCGCUCGGAAUUACUACUGUAUUUGCUAGGAACAGUUAUUUGUGUGUGAAUACUUUUUUCUUUUUUUUUUUUCUCUUCCACUUUAAUAGGUUGGUACUGUUGUUACCUCCUUGUUCAUUAGUUGCCUCCUUGCUGUUCUGGCUUUGGCUUUCUUCCUUUUUUUGUACAAAUCUCUUCAGCCAACACUCAAAUAAAGAUGUAUUUGUUAACCUA